UCUAGUUCGAUACGAUAAUUUUUUUAAAAUAACGAAUCCUUGAAUUUGACUAGCUUUUUAUGGAUAUUCAAGAGCAUCAGUGUUAUGUGGCUCCUCUGAGGCGUGUGUGCAACGACAUUGUAUAAAUAUUCUUUAUUAUUUUCGGAGAUACGCGGAAGAGGUCAAAAAGUUCAGCCCGCGAACAAUCUAGAGCUCGCAACGUAGCUUACCCUCCUUAGACUGCAUCACGUCACAUCAAGACUUAGCCUAACAGCUAUCUAUUUACAGGCAGCUACAUUGUCAACGACGAUUCAGGCUAACCUUUUACUUGCGAGAAGUUCGUAUGUUUCAGGCCUGCAGAAAAACCCAUGUAACCGAUGGGUGCCGAUAAGCUUUUAGGCUGCAUGAAGGGCAAACAGGUUUGCCAUCUCGUCAAGCUACAACAGAAUACCAAAUUGCAGCCGCCACGAACGCUUCAUGAUCCCUAACGAUGUAGUGCAACCGUAGCGCUAUGGAACGAGCUAAGUUGCCCCUCUCUUGUAAUAGAAGUCAAGCAACAGGGGGGGAGCAAUGCGAUUUUUUGGGGGCGCGCGCGUCACAAGGCAUAUAGUGACGGUACAAGAUGGCAAGUACACGGUGCAAGAUGGCAAAACUUGGCGUAUGUCGCAUGUCUAUGUGGCCGUCGCCUGGUUCCCGCUCUGGUGUCUGUCGACCAGUACUACCCUAUGGCAAGCAGACGACAGGGAUGUAUUGACCGGAUAUAGCAGCGGAAACACCAUACAACGGGCACGUGCUAGCUCUCGUUCUGAAUUGAUUCAUCUGACCUUAACGCCGAAUGCGUUUCUUCGCUCAAUGAUCCAUUCUUCGAGCUGGACAUUCCUUGAAGCGUCAUUCAAUGGACACGAAUCGUAUCGCUGCUUGCACGUGCCUGCUGAAUUUUUACCUACCUGUACUGUGUGUGCAAGCCUUUGACUUCGUGUUUAACGCCGUCCGACUGAAGCCGAUAAUUUUUAAUUAGAGAUGCGGAAGCAUCUUUCUACAGGGAGACAUCUUGGCGGUUGGCAUCUUCCUACGAAGUGUGUGUAGACACACCAAGCGGUCGAGUAUCGAUAACAGGAAACCGAGAGGGCUGCCUUUUAUCCCCGAGGUCUUGCAUUGGGUCUAAGGGUCUUGGGUCUCUCGAGACUGACGGAAUGUCAUUUCUCUUCACGGACCAGUAAGCGCUCGCGGUGCCUGAGGCGUUUGGUAGAGAAGCGAAGUAGCUCGAAACGAACUGUAAUACGCUGACGGCAGUAUGACCAAAAUUGAAAAUUUGGCCGCGGUUGAUCGUAUAUGGGCCAGUGGCUUGCGUCCGAGGACGAUAAGCAAUGUAGGAUAUGUACUUUGGAAACAAAUUAUGUGAGGUAAUAGGACGCUACACUGAAAUGCUUAGUACUUAUAUAUGAAGGCAUAUAUAAGUAUACGAAAUUUAACUUCUCUUCGAAAUGUAAACAGUAUUCUGCGAUUGUGUCCUUUUCCUCAGAGCUUUUAGCCAAGCCAGAAGAGCUACGCUUAACUUCAGACACGUCUUCAAUUAUGCCGUGCGGCGGACUAUACAGAUGGUUUCGAGUCGAACUUUCCUAAUAUUAGGUUAUCGCCAAAAUAUUAUGUCCAUAUCGUGUCAUAUAUGUGCACAUCAACAGUGCUUAGAUCUUUUAAUACAUUUUUCGUAUUAUAUUUGACAUAGCGUGUUCCCUUGUGGAUAGUACAGAAUUAAACUGCUGUACAAGGAAACAUUUCUGGGCAUGGGUCUGUGAUGAUGAAUAAUUUGAUGUGUGUACCAAAAAUGUCCGUUAUGGCGUGUUAAUUUGGCAUAGUGCCUUUACCCGUAACCGUGUUUCAGUUACUACGAAGGAAAGUUAAGGACAAAGGUAUCAAACAAAACGACGAUACCUUCAAUUGCAAACGUUCUGCCUUUGAAGCUAAAUGGGCGAACGAAAUUCUGAGAAGCCGCUGAUCUAAAGUAGAAUCGUUUAGGAGUGACAGUUAAAAAAAAAAAAAAAAAAAAAAAAGAUAAAGGUAUGAUAAUUUUUCAACGUGGAUCUGUCGCUACCGUUGCAUUCCCUUUGUCAUUUGCUAAUGUACAUCAACUGAUCUAAUUAGGUGAGCUUGUAAUUAGCCGGAAUCAAAUUAUACAACGGUAUUACAAAAUUUUCCUCAGGGGGCCAAAAUCACGAUUUUGGGUAUUCUAGAAUAAA